CUUUGUACAAGCACAAUUUUGGCUUACCCGUCAGGGAUCACAGUAAGCUGGAAUAACUCGUUGGAUAUUACUGUACAUUGAAGAAUCAAAUGAGUACAUACAGACCCCUCUUUCCCAUUAUAAAAGGGGUUUAAGAACGUGCCAGCAGUCAUAGGUUUGCAUACUUUAUCACUUCCACUUCUCAAAAAUAACAAGCAGGGCUCGUUAUCCAACUAUCCAUUUUUCUUCCUCAUUUCUCUGUGUUUCCAAGUUCAAACAAGGAUUUAUCUUUCCUUUAGACCAAUCCUUUUUCAAAAUGCGCGUCUUCGUCAUUAUCAGCGCCUUGAUGGCGGUUGCAGUUACCGCUGCUCCGACUCCCUGCAACGAAUACACUUGCCAGAAAAUCCCUCCUCCAGGCGGCGAUGACAAGCCGGACGUUGGGCCUGGGGAUUUCAUUAAGGCUUUCAUUCCUUAG